AUGGAUCAACUGCAAGAUCCAAUUUUCGUUGCUACAUCUGUUUUUCAACACAGCCAAAUACAACAAAUUAAAUAUUUAAAAGGAAAAAAAUGUGCGAAAGAUGCAAAAGAAUAUAUUCAAGCAUUAGUUAUUGAGGAAUUUGAGAAACCACGCCCAUUAGGAGUAACCAUCGCCGGCACCACUAAAAUAGAUACAACAUCUGGUGAGACAUAUAAGUUGAAAUCUCCUAAAGAAUUGAUUAAAAAUAAAGAAGUUAUUCUAUCGAAUAUACUUUCUGAAGAUGAAAUUACAACAAUUAAAACAAAAGCAAUUGAAAUAGCUCAAGCUUCUAUAAAACUUCAUUCGAAUCCUGCUGGCAUCGGUCAUCCUCCUGACAAAGAACUAGGAACAAAUCGAAAUGUUUUUACCGUUCUUGGACCUCAUUUAGGGCACUACUAUGGAGAUGUAUUUCUGGUGUUUAAACGGGAAAUUCUUCAUCAUCCAGAUGCAAACUUUUCUAUUCAAGCAGCAACAUCAUAUGCAAGUGGAAAUUGCUUCAAAUGGCGCCCUUGGCUAGGAAAGGAGAUGACUGUCAAAGAAGAACGAAUCAAGUUUUUCCACAAAUCGAAGUUACAUGCAGCAAUACCCGGCUAUGAAUAUGCAACUGCUCUUGAACUUAUUGCUUUGACUAGUUUCGAAUCAAAGAAAAAAUCAAUGGAUAUUGAUUUAGAAACAAUUCUUGAUCGUUGGCUUUCUCGGGAUUCACAUCAUAGCAUUGAAGCUCAUUUGCCUCAACUAAUACCACUUGAUUAUAUCGAUCAUAUUUAUAUUUCAAAGAAUAUGUUCGAUUUAUUAAGUUCUAAAGCACGUGAAUUCAUCAAUACUAUUUUCAAAAAUCGAAUUACUAAAACGUCGCAUGCAGUUGAACUUGAUGACAAGGACACAUCAUUUGGCUUUAAACCGAAUUCAAAAAUUCGACAAGAAUAUCAAGAUUUUGUUUUAAAAGAUAUAAUGGAUAAAUACGGGCAACUUGAUAUUAAUUCAAUUUCAAGACCUAUUCAAGG